GUCCUUCCACGCUGCGACAGAAAACAUGGCUGCGCUCUUGAGAUCAGCCCGGUUACUUAAGUUUACGCCUUCGGGCUUACUCCAAAUCACAGGGACCAAAAGAAAUGGACUGCCACUCAGCCGACUGUACAGCGGAACACUCGGCAUCAGAAGAACCGGAGUUUGUUCGCGUCACAUCGGCCCUGCUGUGGAAAAUGCGCCCAGUCGUUUGUCACCCUACACAGUAGGCUGUGUGCGCAACUAUGCCGUAGCCAGGGAGCAGAAGGAUGAGGCGAGCUCUGGAGUGCAGUCCAAGCAGGCUCAGCAGUUUGACUCAGCCCUGUCCAAACUGGACAACUCUGUGAGGAGGACUGGUCGCAUUACCAAGACUAUGCUACUUCGUGUCUUCCAUGACAUCUGCAGAACAGGUUAUCCCAGUGGUAACCAGGCCUUAUUGUUGCUGCGCAGCUGUGGAUCUCUGCUGCCAGAGGUGCCUCCUGUGGACCGCACUGAGCUGGCACACCACAUCUGGACAAAGCUUCAGGAACUGGGUUCACAGUAUGAUGUUAGUCACUACAAUGCCAUACUGAAGGUUUACUUGCAGAAUGAGUUCAAGUUCUCUCCUACGGAUUUUCUGGCCAAGAUGGAAGCAGCUAACAUUCUGCCCAACAGAGUUACGUACCAGAGACUCAUAGCAGCCUACUGUCAAAAUGGAGAUAUUGAAGGAGCGAGCACCAUUUUGGGUUUUAUGAAGAGCAAAGAUCUGCCCAUCACUGAAGCUGUUUUCAAUGCCCUGGUAACAGGCCAUGCUCGUGCAGGCGACAUUGACAGCUCAAAGAACAUCCUCACUGUGAUGCGGAACGCAGGAAUUGAACCGGGUGCUGACACAUAUGUAUCACUGCUUACUGCCUUCGCUGAGAAAGGAGACAUUGACGGUGUGAAAAAGGCUCUGGAAGAAGCAGAGAAUGCAGACUGCAGCCUCAUGGACCGAGACAUUAUGCAAGUCAUCUUUGCCCUGGCCAAGGCUGGACACCAACAGUACGUCCCAGAGAUGGUGGAACGUUUGAGGCACGAGAGGAGCUACAUCCCAGAUGCUAUGAAUCUGUGUCUGAGCCUCAUCACCCACGGUCAGGAGGACGUGGCUUUUCAGGUCCUGAAGAACUUCCCCACCCUGCAGAUGGAUAACGCCAGUGCAGAGUCUUACAAUCUGGGAAACUUCUUCCUCAGACAUUGUGUCAACAUGAACACGGCUUUGGACAAGGUCGCCAACUACUGCAGAGAUCUCCAACAGUCAAAUUUGCACACCUCACCCUUUAACUUUACUCUACUUUGUGCACUGGAGGCCAAGAACAUUGGUCUGUCUUGUGGGCUGAUGAAGCAGAUGAAGGAGCAGAACUUACCAGUAAGGCCACACUUCUUCUGGCCUCUCCUCAUUCAGCUUGUGAAGGAUAACAACACAACUGGUGUCGUGGAGCUGGUAAAAACUAUGGAGGAGCUCGGCGUGGCCAUUGAUACACCGACUUUAUCCAACUACAUCCUCCCCGCCUUUGGCAGCCUGGAAGAAGCCCGACAGGCCCUCAAGGACGCUGGUGUCUCAGUGGAGUCUGAAGGUUUCUUAAUCUCAGAGAUUCGUUCGUUGGCUGCGAAUGACCUCGCAAUGCUCUACACCCAAUUGUCGGAUGCCUCCCUCCCUUCGCUGGACUUCAGUGUUUUCCGCGCUCGCCUCAUCGUCGGCUUCAGAAAGUCUUCUGACGUGGAGAGCAUGGUGAAGAUUACUGAGCUGUUGUUCAAAAGUGAGCGCUUUCACGGGCAAAGCACUACGUCUGCUGAACGCGGAGGCUACUUUUUGUACAGUCUGAUCGACAGCAUGACCGAGGCAGAGGUGCAGGUGCAGAAAGACAAACUGAGGGAAUACUUCAAACAACUACAGGCCCUGAAUAUAACUAUUCCAGUGAACAUCUACAGAGGGAUCCGGAACCUUUUGGACUCUUACAAUGUCCCAGAGCUCAUCAAGGAUGUUGCUGAAUUGAUUGACCCUAAAGACAAAGCAUCUGCGGAGUUGUCGAUGACUGGUCCUCGUGCCACUCAGGUAACUGAGGAUAAGGUAGAAACUCUAGAGAACAAGCUAGCUGAACUAAAAGCAGAGAACAAGUCAAUCGACCUGACACUGAAACAGAUCAUCCAGGCUCUCUGCGCUGAGGAGAACCUGCAGCGUGCCCUUGAGCUGAAACAGCAGCAUGAGGAGCACAUGACAGCCGGUGGAUACGCCAUCCUCAUCAACCACUGCUGCCGCAACGACAAUGCAGAGGAGGCGCUCAACCUGAAGAGGGAAAUGAGUCGGAAGGACUCGUCAGUUGCACUUGAUGCCAGUAAAUACAUUGCACUGAUGAAGGUGUUUGCCAACAGUGGCAAAGUGGAAGAGGCAGUGGACAUCCUGAAAGAGAUGAAAGAGAAAGAUGUGAUGUUGAAUGACACACAUACCACUAUGCUGUUCCAUGCGCUCAGCUCCGCCGCAGCCAAAGGUGGUCCUACUAUCAUCCGACGACUCCAGGACACCGUCUUUGCCCUUGGACUGGCCAAGCCCUCCGCCAACCUCUGCUCACCCUUGAUCACAGCCUACCUGGACAGUAAUGACCUGUCCGGAGCUCUAGACGCAGCGCUGGAGUGUCAGAAGCGCUACAACCACCUGCCUCGUAUCCACGACAUCUUAGUUGGCCUGGUGCAGCAAGGAGACACCGAACUGCUGCAGAAAGCUAUGGAUGUUGUGAGUCAGGAGCGUGGAGAGAUGACCAUGCUGUAUGAUCUGUUCUUCGCCUUUUUGCAGACAGGUCGCUACCGUGAGGCUCGCAAGAUUAUUGAGACCCCUGGGCUGAGGGCAAGGCCUGGACGCCUACACUGGUAUGCAGAGAAAUGCAUCGCCCACAACCAGAUGGAGACCUUGGAGCAUAUGGUGGACAUGACGGCCAAGCUGUUUGAGUGCGACAGAGAUGAGAUGUACAGUUACAUGCUCCGGUUAUGCAAGGAGACCAACAACUGGAAGAAAGCUGAUGCAUUGUGGACGAAGAUGCAGGAGGAGAACAUCAUUCCCAGAGAGAGGACCCUGCGACUGUUGGCAGACAUCCUGAGGAGUAAUGGCCAGGAGGUGCCCUUUGAGGUGCCUGAGUCAUGGUAUGAACAAGCUGCAGCUCCACAGCAGGUCAAGUCAACACCGACCCCCGCGACCUCUGAAGAUGGUCCAGAUUACCACAUCCGUGUUCUGGCACUGUGCAAAAGGGGCAAAGCCAAAGAGGCCUAUGAGAUGGUGAAGGGAGCUGAUGAAAAGGGUCUGGUGUUCGGCCCCGCCUCUUAUGACCACCUGAUCCGCGCUCUGUUGGCUGAGGGGUCGAUGGAUGACGCCAUGGCUCUCAAAGACAUUGCUGGUUCUCAUAUUCCCGGUUUCAAAAUGAGUGAUACCGCCACCAACCUGCUCAUCGUCACGCAGAGCAAGAAAGAUCUGGUGACAGAUGCUGUUCAGACGCUGAAGUCCAUGCUGCAGGUGAACCAUGUGCCAUCCCAGCUGGCUAUUACCAGACUGGUGCAGGCUCUGGGCAGGAAAGGCGACGUGUCGGGCAUCGAGGAUGUGCAGAAACUGAUGAAGGGUCUCAGUACACCCCUUAACUUUUCCAGCAUGCUGUUUAUCAACAACAUAGCCCUGGCGCACAUCAAGAAUGAUGACUUGGAUUCUGCAGUGGAGCUGUUGGAGACCCUGUACACAAAUCCAGAUAACCAUAGCGCCAGUAUGUCCUUCGUCUUCAGAAAGAUCUUGGAGAAUGGCAAUGACAAGGUGUUGGACAAAUUCAGUGUUAUGGCAGAGAGACUGGCCAACCACUUUGCCUGUUACAGACCAGCCUCAGACCUCUUCCUCCAGCUGCUGGAUAUGGACAAAGUGGAAGAUGCCAAGUUUAUGUUGGCGCGCUGUAACGCUGUGGCUGAACAGAAGGACAUCCUGCUGUCCUUUAUGGCCCAAAAGUCUCAAACUCCCGGACAGUUGGGUAAGAUCCAGUCCCUCCUGAGCCUGAUUCCUGACUUCGCCGAGGAGGACGUGGUGUAUUCGUACCUGAUAAAAUGUCACGUUGUGGAUAGGAACCUUCCAGCCGCUGAAGCUCUGAUGGAGCAGAUGCAGAAGGAGGGGGUGGAGGUAGACGAGCUAUCACUCAAACGGCUGGCAGUGCUGUACCGUAAAGAAGGACAGACGGUGCCCUUCCCCGAGCCCCCCGAGUCCUUUAAGUUUUAUGCAGACAAGCUGAGAGAGAAGGCCAGCAAAGCCCCAGCAACAGCAGAGGAAUAAAGAUUUCACCCUUCAUCCUGUUUCCUCCAUCCAAACCUUACUUCUUUUUUUUAUAUGAGUUGUUUGAGCCAAUAAAUGUGGGUAUUGUGUUAUUACUGUUGGAUGAUGGACUGUCCACUGCUCUAUUGUCAAUGAAGAUGAUGUUGAGAAUGUACAUACAUAUUUAUGCUAAUAAAUGUUAGGAAUCCA